UUGUUACGUCACGAUCAGCCGCCCGAGAGAGAAGUCGUGUCGGUUCUAGUCGUUAUUAAACGCAUUUAAUAUUUACACUCGGAGAAAUAAAGUCUUACAGGCGGCUGAAUUAUCAUCUUUAACUGUUCUUUGAAGUGGCUCUGGUUUAUAAGGGAAUACUUUAAGUCAAAUGAGGAUCAGAGUAACUUACUCCCAAAGUCUCAACAAAUACAUGAAACAAUCAUGGCAUCACCGCAGAUGAAGGAGCGUCCGUCCGGCGUUGUGUUAAACACUAUAUCAAAAGGAGCGUCUCCAGAAUCCAAAUGCCCGAUAUGUCUGGAUCACUACAAAAACAUAUCGUACCUUGAUGUGUGUCUGCAUAAGUUCUGCUUCUGCUGCAUCCGCGAGUGGUCGAAGAACAAAGCCGAGUGCCCUUUAUGCAAGCAGCCGUUUAAUUCAAUUUAUCACACCAUAAAGUCCGAAGAUAACUACCAGAAGUUCGACCUGCGACCAACCGAAAAUGGCUCGUUUGGGAACAUGGCAGGCCAGAGAUUCCGGUAUCGCACCACGCUCACCGGCGAGCGCAGACCCGCGACUAGGAGAACCUCGUCCCCUCCUGACCACGGGGUCUUAUUCGAGGGCCUGAGAGGGUCUGUUCCUCAGCGGCACAAUAGAGAUCUCCACAGCAUGUUGAGGAGGUUAGCAGAGGAGAGACAGCGGAGAGAGAGAGAGGGAAGGUCUCUGCGAAGUCUUCACGAACAGCAAGCGGUUAAAUUCAGACGGGCUUUGUACAGGAGAGGCGUGCGAGUCCAGAACGUGGAGGACGGCGGCCGCAGCAGGGAGACUUCUGCAGAGUUCUUCAGGAGAAACCCUGCUUGUCUCCACAGGCUUGUGCCUUGGGUGAAACGAGAGCUGACUGUCCUGUACGGUUCUCACGGGUCGCUAGCAAACAUAGUGCAGCACAUCAUCAUGACUCUGAUCACUCGGCAUAACUUGGACGAGCAGCCUGUUCUGCAUGAGCUCCGGCCCUUCCUGUUAACCCAUACAGAGCACUUCCUGCACGAGUUCCUUAGCUUCGCUCGGUCCCCGUUCAACAUGGAGGCGUAUGACCAGCGCGCCGUUUACGACUUGCCUCAGGCCCCCGGAGAGAUCAGCCGCUCGGAAACCUCUGUGAUCUCGAUCUCUGAGGACGAGAGCGAUGCUUUAGUGUCAGGGUCCCAGGAUUAUGGCACUCCUAGUGUGACCUUAAGCCAAGCCCCGUGGGAUGAUGAGACCCCAGGGCCAUCCUACUCCUCAGAGCCCUCUCAGGUGCUGCCUUUCCAUGUGAGGGACUCGGAUUCUGAUAGUAGUGUCGGGGAAGCAGUAGAGUCUGUGCCACAUCAGGACCGUCUGACAGAUCCUGGCACUGUAGAAGAGGAGCAUUCCUCUGGCAGUGAUGAAGACUGUGUGAUUGUUGGAUAUGUUAAGCCAGCUUUAGAAAGGACACCGGAACUGGUCCUGCUUUCCUCUGAUUCAGAACAAUCUGAGCAGAACGCUGAGCCACAGAGUCCCGAUCUGUCUCCCGCUGACACUCAGAGGAACACCUCGUCUCGCUCCAGAGAAGAUAAAUCUGGUGAAAGGCAUCAUGAGAGACAGCUGUCGGGAUCUAGAAAUCGAUCGUCUCGCAGCACUAGGACUCACUCCUCCUCUCAUGGCAGGGAACACCAAUUGUCUAAAAAGAGCAAGCAUAAGCGGAGACGAGAAAAUGAAUCAAAUUUCCACUCCUCGUAUAGCCAUUACAGUCAAAGAGACCGCAGCAGGAGAUGCUGCACAGAGACAUGCUCAUCCUACACCAGCUAUUACAGAAGUGUACAUCGCUCUCGUUCUCAAUCGCAUCGUAGAAGACGAAGCAGGGACCGUCAGGAAAGAAGACGCUCGAGGAGCAAUUCUAGAAUCAACUCUUCCAACCGUCACUCGAGAAGUAAUUCUAGAAUCAACUCUUCCAACCGUCACUCGAGAAGUAAUUCUAGAAUCAACUCUUCCAACCGUCACUCGAGAAGUAAUUCUAGAAUCAACUCUUCCAACCGUCACUCGAGAAGUAAUUCUAGAAUCAACUCUUCCAACCGUCACUCGAGGAGUAAUUCUAGAAUCAACUCUUCCAACCGUCACUCGAGGAGCAAUUCUAGAAUCAACUCUUCCAACCGUCACUCGAGAAGUAAUUCUAGAAUCAACUCUUCCAACCGUCACUCGAGGAGUAAUUCUAGAAUCAACUCUUCCAACCGUCAGGACAGAAGUCACUCGAGGAGCAAUUCUAGAAUCAACUCUUCCAACCGUCACUCGAGGAGCAAUUCUAGAAUCAACUCUUCCAACCGUCACUCGAGGAGUAAUUCUAGAAUCAACUCUUCCAACCGUCACUCGAGGAGUAAUUAUAGAAUCAACUCUUCCAACCGUCAGGACAGAAGUCACUCGAGGAGUAAUUCUAGAAUCAACUCUUCCAACCGUCAGGACAGAAGUCACUCGAGGAGUAAUUCUAGAAUCAACUCCAGCUCACAUCAGACAUCACAUCAUGAUGAUCAUGGAAGGAAAAAGAAAUACAAAACGAAGCAUCAUGAGGAACCCUCAAGGAAAAGUUCUAGUCAAUUGGUCACCGAUUCUAUUGAUGAUGGUGCAAAAAAGAAAACCAAGAAGCACAAAAAGUUCAAGAGGAAAAGUAGGAGUCCAAGCAUAGAUGACAGAUCUGAGGGGAAACAUCACAAGAAGAAGAAGAAGAAGAAGAAGAAUAAGAAACACAAGAGGAAGAGCAGGGAACACGGUAGUGAGGAGAGGGUGGGAAAAAACAGUCCAGUUUUCAUUACCAUUCCUAGUGACAGCGACGAAGCUGACCCCAGUGAACCGUCAGCCAGGAAUAUCAGUGCAGCUGACUCCACAGUCACGAUAGCAGACAGAGCCACAGACUCUCAGCCGCUAGACAUGGAGCAAGAGUCAGCUGCUGGAGCUGAAUGGAGUUCUGUGUGUGAUGCAGGGAAUCGUCCCCACACAGAUUAAUGCCAGUGUGAUUCUGAGUUUAUCUCAAUUUGUGGCAAAUCAAGACAGAGACUACUGUUGUAAUGCCCACAUGUGUUUCCAGUGUUUUAUAAACGGAGAAGAGAUUUUUAAAUGUGAUUUUGAUUUGGAGUUCAAACUUUUGUAUUCGAUAUAUUUGCAUUUGUGAUUUUGGAAAUGUAUUAAUUUCAAACUCCCCUAUGCAAGCAAAUUAACAGUCACUAAUUUUAAAAAUUGUCGCAAAUUAAUAAAAGGAUCAUAAAAGUGUCUUUAUUUACUGAAAGCAUUUUUUAAUGUGUUCUUUUGUGCACAGGGUUUUGUGUGUGUGUGUGUGUGCGCAUUGGCUUAAAUCAGGUUCAUGCAGGCAUUCAUUAAUCCUUUUUUUUUAUAUGAUGCAUGAACUUUGUGUACUUCCUCAGAUUUCUAAAACAAUUUCAGAAAACUGCACUGAAAUUUCAUUUUUAAAUUGAAUUAAUACAUUGAUGCCAAAAAUAAA